CUUAGCUACCGUGAUAGGAUCUCAAACCGUUCUCUUGGUGCUGUUUGUGACAAGAAAAGCAACGCUCGCCAUUGCACGGGCUGGAAGGGGCAUGUAGGCUCCUAGAUCAUUCACUUACUUUCCUCGGACGUAUCACGAAUCUUUAAUCGAGACCAAUACGGCAAUAGAAGUUGAGGUACUGUGUGUCGUGUAGCAGAGAGAUAGCUUCAGUCUCGGUUUGGGUUACUGUUAGUAAAUUUUUGUGCUUCCUUCUUGCGGCGCACCGGUCGAAGGUUUUGCACGGGAAGAUUUGUGUGGGCACAACAUCUUGCCUGUGCAGCAGAACGGGAGUCAGUGUGUGCGAAGGGGUCUCCUGGAGCGGUGGCAAACUGUGAUUCGUGAGUGCGGUGUGCUUGUCCGUGGUUUUAGCUAAUGAGACACGCGUGAUCCGUGGCUCUUCUGGUCAUCGAUGCAUCGGGGCAUUUGCGAUCGAACGAAAUUCAUCAAUCAUUUUGAUCUCGCAUUGUAAGUAAGACACACCUUGCCAGUAUCCGUCCCUCGAUGUAAGACAUCGAAGUGCCAUAGCGUCGAGUUGUCGCAACAGCCCGGUCACAAUGUCCACAAGCAGCGGCGGCGUGGCAACGAACGAUUUUGUGAGUCGCGAACAGCCGUUGGAGAGAGCAGUUCACCGGACAAAGUCGUCCAAUGCUGCCGAUCAUCCCCCUCCUCGCUCGCCAGGCAGCAGCGUGGCCAGCGCAAGAAGUAGCAGCAGCACUCCACCAACCAGUGGCGGCAGCGUAGACGGCAUCGGUGGCAGCGACGAGCACGAACGCGCUGAAAAGGUGAUGGUCACACUGCAGGCAAUGCUCCGACAGGAACGCAUCUUUUAUGAGCGCAAGUGCAAAGAGUAUGUACAGAAUCCCAGUGUACGAGUUAAAGAUUCACUGACGGAAUCCGAGCAGCGUAUUGCUAAACUGGAGCAGCAGCUCUCUGAUUGCACCAAACGACUUCAAGCCUCUGCGUUGAACUCACCCUCGCCAUUAUCUCGGAGCUCGCAGAGUGUUUCCGUCGAAUUGUCGCCUACAACUACCGUCUUCACUAGUAGCCUGCCAGCGAGUAACAAUAUGAGUAAGCCAGCGACAUCACCGUCAUCAAUAACAAACACAACAACUGCCACUAGCCCGAGCGGUACGGACACAAGAAGCUUGCAGCCAUCCAGAGAGACCUUUCAACCGCGCGCCAGUUCCCCAUCUAUCAUCAAGCCUCCAUUGUCUUCUGCAACGCCGGUCAGAUCCAAAUCAAUAUCAACAUCCUUGCACACAACGUCCUCCUUCAACAAUACCCGGCAAAACAAGCACGCUUCCAAACCUGCGCCAAUCUCAGCAGCAACGAUAAUCAUUGACGACGAAGAUUUCGACGAGGAGGUGGCCACAGACAACAUCACGGGAGCCUUCUCAUCGCUGGAUAAUCUCGUUGUUGAGCCGGCGAGGAUGGCAGUGUUCAUUCGCUAUCUCCUUGACGACACCGGCCAGGACAACUAUCCCGAUGCACUGUUCUUCUAUCUGCUGACCGGUAUCUACCGCCGACAGCGCAGCAGCUCUGCCAAGGAGACUCGCCGCUUUGCGCAGGCCAUACUGGGACUGUUCUUCGCCGAAAGUGCCCCGCUGCACGUCGACAUUGACCCGCCACUGCUGGAGGCCAUCAAGGCCAAGGUCAUGCAGAAAGGAACUGAUGAGGGCCUGUCGCUCGUGUUCAACGAUGCCAGAUAUGUACUCGCCAAUGGCGUCAUUUCAGCUCAGUUGGAGAGCUACCGUGAGAAGCGAAUGCUGGGGUUCGGCUCCCUAUUCGGUGAAGACGAUCUGCUAGCCAAGAUCAGCACUAAGGAAGAGAAGACCGAGGCUAUUCGCAAACUACUCUGUCCUGUGCUCAACCAGCUGGCUGGCAUGGAUCCCACGUUCUCCACCCUUGACCAGAAUGUGUCGACGCGCAAUGCUGCACUGUCCAUGGCGUUGCUGACGUUCCUGGAGGACUCUGGUGUCCUGGUGGAGUCCAGCAUAAAAGUGGCUAGCAGGCAGUCGACCAAUCGUAAGAAGAAGCCACUUGGCAUCUUCAACCGCAACAAGACAAAUCAAAUCAAGAUCAUCCAAGGUCAUCAUUUCUUACCGACGCACUACAACUCGCCGGUGUAUUGCGACCACUGCAGCGGUCUGCUCUGGGGCCUCGGCUACCAGGGCUUCACGUGCCAGCUGUGUGGAUUCAACGUCCACCAGCGCUCCUGCAAUCAAUUGCUCAAGGACCCUUGCCAAGGCGAGAGCUAUCGGGAGCGCAGCUCGGCAAUGGCAAUAGUGUGGAAGAAGCACUCCAUGAAGCCGUCGACAAGCACCAGCACGCUCACGUCCACACCGUCAAAGACUGCAUCCACAUCGGCAACAACAGCAGCCGUCUCUGCUUCGUCUACCGUCUCCUCAAUGCCAGCACUCACUGAUACUGAUACGGUAUCACCAAGCGACUGUCAGCUGUCAACUGUUAGUUCUGCAAGGGAAGCCUCGCCAUUGAUUGCGAAGUCCAGUGCUUCCUUCCGUCACGCAGGUGACUCGAAUUUGGCAUCAGCUGCUGCUACUGGUGCUGAUGUUGCUCGUGAUGAUACGUAUCAAGAGCGUAGAGGCAGCCUGCGUGACCGACCGCGUAACUUUCCCCUGUCUCAGUCCACGGGCGCAGCAGACGCAGCGACUUCUGGGACGGCCAUCACCGCAGCAAGCAGUGCUGGCGAGCUCGGCAAUCGUCGGCCAUCCUCAACCAAUGUAAACCGAGCACAGAGUCUGAACUACCCGAAGCGACCUGCCGCGUACGAUCGUAGCGACCGGCGGCACAAGACCACCGAGUCUCUUGCUGCCGAUGUACCACCGAUGCGAUCUCCGUCCCUCAAUGAUAUCAGCGCCGACACCGAUGGAAGUCCAGGAAGCAUGUCACCUGAGCAUGGAAAGGUGCCAUUCGCCCAGCACGCCCCCGAUCCGGAAAUGGAAUAUGAUGAAGAUGUUCCGCCAUGGCUUGAGACCGUAACCAGUAAAGACCCCGGCUUCCUGAAGUCUCUAAGCAAGACCGACAAGAACCGGCAGGGACUUAUACACGAGCUCAUUCACACCGAGGCAACACACCUGAAGAAGCUGAAGCUCAUCCUCAACUGCUUCUACCUGCCGAUAAAGAAUGCGGAGCUGCUUCCCAGAGAUCAAGAGCAACGGUUGUUCCCUGAGAUAGACGCGCUGAUCGAGCAUCAUCGGCAUCUCUUACAGCUGAUGCGCGCCAAGAUGGAUCCAAAUCGUCAUGGCUACGUCACGGCCAUUUCUGACGUCUUCCUGCAGAGCAUGGACCUUGGUGUGGGCGAUGAGUUCUUGAGCGCUGCCAGCCAGUGGGUUUGUCGCAAUCAGGAGAAUCUCGACUACAUCAGGCGUAUGCAGUCCAACUUGCCGAGGUUCGGCAGCUUCAUGAAGGUGUGUGAGACCAAGGAAGUACUGAACCGCCUUCCACUCGGGGCCCUGACACCAAGUGUAAUGCAGCGUCUGACAAAAUAUCCGUUGCUCCUCGAGGGGAUAAAGAAGCAUACACUGAGGGAGGCUGACCCGGCGGAGUAUGCCAAUCUGGAAGCCGCCCUCACUAUCUGCAAGAAUGCCCUGUCACUGGUCAACGGUGCUAUUCAGCAGUACGAGAACUCCAAGUUCUUGCAGGAUGUGCAGAACAAACUGGACACGAAGGAUCUUGACAAGUCCAGCGACUUCCACAUCUCAUCGUACGCCACCAUUGACCUGUCGCUGAAGAAGGUCGUGCAUCGUAGUGAUCUGCAGUGGCGUGUCAAGAACGCCGUUGUGCCCGUCCAUGCGCUCUUGCUCACCGAUCUCAUAGUCCUACUCGAGUACAAUAGUAACCGAUCACAGUACUACUUGCGCGUGCACGAGGACUUUGGCUCCGUGGUGCGAGUGAACGACCUGCACGUGCGCGAGGUGGCGAAUGACAAGAAGUCACUGUACCUGGUGGACCUGAAGGGCGAGCCUCCUAAGAUGUACUCGCUGCAAGCACUGAAUGCAACCGACUGCCGACGGUGGAUUGACUGCACGACCAAAGUCACUAAAGAGAUCAAGUCGCUGCAGCCUGCAGCCGCCGUCCCUGGAGGAUUCUCGCCCAACAUGUCCACUCGCAGCCGAUCUAGCCAGGUGGCGUCCACCAUGCUAAAAGAUCGUCCACUCCCUGCCAACCCACCGUACGCGAUGCAGCGCGGCCGGCGCACAUCCGAAGUGCCUGCUGAUAUGGCAUCGUCUGAUGAUGACGAAACGCGAAUUGAGAAGCAAGAAGAUGAAUUUGCCAAAACGCUACUGGAAACAGACGAAAUGGUGGUCGACAGAUUGAAAUCUCUCCAGGUUGGUGACCGGGCGCCAGCGCGUCGCGUCUCGGACAGUCGCCGUGGUACGGCGUCCAUUGAGCCCGUCCUGGACUCGUGUGUACAGCAAGCUAGGCUAGUGUCCAGCCUUGCCCGCGAGCUGAUGCAGCCGCAGAGCGCUGCCAUGUCGGCAAACGCCAGUGACCCGAUGCCGGUCGUUGGUCCUCUGCAACCUGCCAACUAUCAGCUGGUGGAGGCUAGUCAACAGCUUAGCUUGCAGUUAGCAUCAAUGCAGUCCCUGGUCUUGAAACGGGAACGUGCCAUUAACGAAGUCCAGAAGGAACUGGACUACUUGCGCGAGAAGAGCAAGGCGCUGGGACCAUCGGUGGACGAAAGCGAGGAGACGGACGGUAACUUUCUAAUGGAGGAUGAGGAGGACGAUGAGGAAGAGGAUAGCGAUGAUGAUUCUGACUCUCAUGCCUCUGCAAGCGUGGAUUUCGAGCCCGAAAAGACUCCCACGACUGAAGGCAAGGACAAACAGCCCACCCAAACCAUUGAAGAUGUCAAUGACCAUGCGGAUGCCGCAGCUGAGACAGCUCAGCUUGGGGAAAGCUCAAAUGAUGCUGGCUAUGAUUUUGGAGAGGAUGUUGAACACUGUUAGUUGGAGCGAUUGUCUUCUCUUCUGUUCUAGCGCAAAAGAUCGGCUGGAGCAUUGUUUUGCAAUGUUGGUACCAUUGCAUGCCUACCUCCAUCCAAACUGUGCAAGUGGAGCUAUCUAGGAGCUUAUUGAAGUGAUUUUCAUUCACCUUGACUUGAUUUGUGUGUAUAUGUUCCCCAUUGUGUAUUCGUGCCACAACUCCGCCAGGUGGCUUUGUGUCCAUGCUACUAGUGUGCAGUACAAACCGAACCAUCUGUUGCCUAACAGCUAGUACCUGCUGCAUGCCAUAUUUUUAGACCAUUCAUGAUUGCUCACCCCACCCUGCCAUCUGUGUCCAUCUGUAAAUUCUCCCCUCAUGACUAAUGCAGAGUUCCUACCCGUGUAUUUGCGCAAACCGACCUUAGGGCUUCGACCAUUGACAUGAAUCGUGUGUGCCUGCUUAGCCGUGCGUUCCGCUGUGCAUCCGACUUGAGAGCUACUAUUCCGACCUAUUCUAUAAUGCCCUCUUCAGCAUGUGUUUCACUGAGUAAACGGUCAAGGUCUAUAGUGCAGUCCUGGCUAGUGUAUUCUUACAUGAAAUGUUCAAUUGCCAUUGUCACGAUGGCCUUUACCUUUUCACUUUUCUGCUUCUUUCAGCCUCUCUUCCCUCCCCCCCCCCCUCUCUCUCUCUCAUUCUUUUUCUCUCUAUCUAUCUGUCUAUCCCCCCAUUCCCUUCUUCCCGUUUUCUAUACGAUGUUCAUUCCUUUAUGAUGAUAGUGCCAUCCUGGUAUUUAUGUCAAGCGAAUUCGCUCCGAGUUUAGAAUUGUCCAAAGAAGAUCAAUAGUCCUGGA